AUGGGAAGGGUGGGGCAGUACAGUGUUCCCCCUGGACAGCCUGGGGGAUCUGCAGCGGUUCAGUACACCACUGUGAAUGUCAUCACUGAGCCCCCUAAAGACUACAUCAUCUGGUCCCUCUUCUCCUUGGUCUACUCCAACCCAUUCUGCCUUGGGCUGGUGGCUCUCAUCCAUUCUGUCAAGUCCAGAGACCGGAAGAUGGCUGGAAACCUGGAGGGUGCCCGAAGCUACGGCUCCUCUGCUUUCUGCUUCAACAUUGUGGCAAAUGUCCUGAGUGCCACUGGUUUUCUUAUGUUCAUUGUUAUAUAUUGUACAAUAUAUUAUAAUGUAUAUCACCCUUACCACUGAGACUAAAUUUCAAAUAUUGUUAGGGAUGCCUGCUGCUGUGGCUUGGUGAUACUUCUCUCCUUUACGCUCAUCGCAUAAUUUUAGCUGAUCCUCAAGCAACAGAUACUUAUUAAUGUUGCAAAAGCCUUUAAUGGAAUUUAUCCACGUUUCAAGUCUGCAUGCCGUACUUUCUUAUGAAAGUCACAGUUCCUGUCUGAUUUCCUUCCAGCUGUUUCAUUUGUCAAUAAAUGAA